AUGUCGUCGGAUGUCCAAAAUUAUUCUGGGGAUGAAGGGGAAGAGUACAACAGUCCUUACAGAAAAAAUCCUCCUCGCAUUCGGAAGAAAAACCGAUACUAUUCAGAUGACUAUUACGAACCACCAACUAGCUACAAACCUCGACUACUUCAAUCCCCAAGACCACAUGUACAACCAGAGGAAACGGUCCAGAAAGUCAGAAAACCUCAGAAACUACAUAAGUCAAUGAUUGGGCAUAUGCCAUGGCGUUCCCAAAUGCACCACCCAGAAAGAAGAAUGGCACAAACAAAUGCUGUUCGUCUACGUAAUGUUCUAAAAUUACCAAAAGCCCACAAAUGGGUGUUUUAUGAAUGGUUUUAUUCCAAUUUGGAUAGACCUUUACUACUAGGUGAGAAUGAUUUCCGUAUUUGCCUCCGUGAAAGUUUUCCAAAUGUUAAGACUCGAAGAUUAUCUCGGGCCCAUUGGUCAUUACUACGACGUUUGAUGGGGAAACCUCGUCGUUGUUCCACGGCGUUUUUUGAUGAAGAACGUCGUUCUCUGAACGAAAAAAGGGAAAAAAUACGUACUUUACAGGCCACAAGAUCAGUGCAGCUGGAAUUCUUAAGAGACCUUCCGGACGAUAUGCACGUUCCAAUGCCGUUAAUAAUCGGGACUAAAAUAACGGCUAGAGUUCGUUAUCCAACUGAUGGUUUAUACACUGGGAAAGUCGAUGCUAUUGACGCUCUCAGACAUUGUUAUCGAGUAACAUUCGAUAAACCAGCUCUUGGCACUCGAUCAAUACCUGACUAUGAAGUUUUAAGUAUUUUACCACAAGAAACUAUUCCUUUGUCUGCAUAUAAAACUCAACAUAAAGCCAGCCGUAAUCUUUUUAUGAGUCCAGCUCGACUAUUGGCUCAAUCCGCUCUACAGGGGAAACGUCAUCAUAUGCACCAUCAUAAGUUUGGACACGGAAUGAAUCAAAGUGGUAGUGGAUCUGGUGAUUUAACUGUCCAUGAUUGUCCAUUAUGUCAAUCAGAGGCUGCUGCAGCUAGUGGAGGAGCUGUAGGUGGUAGUCCAUCUACAAGAACAUCAGGCUUCAUGGCCAGUAAUAAUCUCUUAUCUGCUCCAUUGAAACUUCCUGCAAUUAGUAGUGGUGAUGUUGCAGCAUCGAUGGGAAGUGCUGCAUUAUCAUUGAAUGAACCUUCAGGCGGUCGAUUGCUACUCAAUGAAGCUGAUAUAUACGGUGGCUAUCCAAUGAAGUUUCUAGUCAUGGUGACAAAACUGUCAAAAAUCUUAGAAGUUAAAAAGCGUUGUGUUGAUGAACUACAAGAUUUGAAUGAUGAAGCUGAAAGAAAGAUUUCAAACAAAGCUGAAUUAUCCUUAGAGUUUCAACACACUUAUCUCACAUUAGUUAUGCACUUGGAACGCCUUAACAAGGAAUUAAAUCAAUACUUGGUUCAUGUACUACAGUAUGCUAAUGAAAUUGCACAAGAACAUGGUGUAGCACCAUUGGAACAAGCAGCUGAUUUCAAACAGCGUUGUGAUGAAGAUGCCUAUGAAAUUGUUACACGAAUUAAAAGUAUGCAGGCUCAAAAGUUUCGCAAUCUAAAGACAGUCGAUUUGAUCACUAAACUUAUUAGUUUACUUGUACAAAUUCGUUCUCUAAGUGAAAAUGAAGAAUCCACCUAUGAUUGUUCAAGUAUACAAGAAUCUUUACGUGAAUUGAAGUCGAGUAUUCAUUCCAGCAAUAUUCAAGCAUUUGAAAAUAGUAUAGAAAUUUCAAUGCAUCAUACUCUCAGCGGUUUAUGUACAAUGAGUAAUUUGAAUUCCUUUUUGUACACUCAUCCAAAUCAUUUUCAAUACUUGUAA